GCACAUAUUUCCAAGGUGCGACGGAACUCCUCGAUCACCGUACAAGAAACAGAGGUUCAAAUCAACAAUGACCUGUCGAAGAACCAUCCAACGAGUCUGCGCUCGAACCCUCCUCGCUCCCUCCCCCACCCUCGCGCGACCCUUCGCCUCCACGGUACCAUCACACAAGGCACCACACCCCCUACGAAUCCGACAAAACUUCGACGUGAAUGACGAUAUCGAGGUGGUACAGGCACAGAUUAAGAAAUUGACGGGAGAGACGUUGCCGGAUGCGGUGGCGUGGCAGGCUGUUACGCAUAAAUCUUUUGCGCACGGGAAGGAAGGGUAUAAUGACAAGUUGGCGUUUAUGGGUCGACGAGUGUUGAAGUUUCACCUGGCUUUGCAGCUCGCUAGUAGAGAGUCUUCGAGGCCCAGUGCUAUCAACAACAAAGCGAUCGAGAGCGUCACCUCUGCACGAUUGGACAACGCGACAAAGGCCAGCACACUCUUCUCCGUCGCCCAAAACAUGGGUCUCAAUAUCCAAGACGUGAUGAGAUGGAAGCCCAAGCAGACGGGUGAUCUGGAGUUGAGUGGUGUGAAGGGUGUUGUUGGAGAUUGUUUGACUGCGAUGAUUGGUGCUGUGUUUAUGACGAAGGGAGGACAGGCUGCUGAGGAGCUUGUGGUGAAGAAGGUUUUGCCGCACAUUAUUGGUGUUGGGAACCCCAGGCAGUCGAGCAGGAAGCAGGUUGAGGCAUGAUGU